GUGCGUCUUCUUUCGGGAAAGCUCUCGCAGACUACUCGAUCUCUGCAUGUUUCCCGUUCGUCAGCGCGCACGUUUGAGCGAGAACAGUGGGAGGCACUGGAAAAGCGUCCUGUUGCGUGGAAGGCGGGCCUAGCGAGCGUGCUGGAGGUUGUUAUUAGUGCACAAAAGCGCGGCAACGGUUCGGCUGUGGGUGAAGUCGUGCAGCAGGUCACGCAGACAGGUGACAGCGUUCAGAUUGACGCCACGUAG